GCCUGCCCGGGCGGGGGACCUGCUUCCGCUAGCGGUGGUGGCGGAGGGCUGGGGUGUGACCCCAGAGAGGGUUUUGAAAGUGAAAUCAGAGGCAGGCCCUCCGAGGUUCCGAACCCAGACUUCUUACGGUGGCUUCAGCCUCUGCCUGCCCUCCAGGCUAGUUUGCUCAGGCUGGCCCCUGCUCCCGCGCCCGGCCUCCUGCCUCCCUGCCCUGGGACCAGGUUUCUCUGUGCUCUGUUGACAUUGCGAGCAGAGAGUUCUUUGUGGCCGUGCGUUCUGUGCAUUGUAGGAUGGGUAACGGCAUCCAUGGCCUCUCCUGCACUAGAUGCCCGUGCCACCCCGCUCUCCAGUUGUGCCAACCAAAUCUGUCUCCAGACGUUCCCAAAUGACCCGCGGUGGAGCAAAGUCGCCUGCACUGAGAACCACCGCCUGAGAACAAGCUCAGAGCCUUGUUUCCUUGUCGCAUGGCUGGCCUCCUGUUUUCCUUCAGCCCUCAACUGGAGUGGUGACUCCUUCUUGUACGUGGUCCCCGCAAUGAUGAGCUCCAUGGUGGCAGGGUUCUUGUGUGUCUUGUUCUUCACCAUGCCCUCCGGCAGCUACACCAGUGUGGGACAUUACACCGGAGUGGAGCGGAAGGGUGUUCUCCAGAAACGGCCUCCAGCAUGGCUUCAGAAAUUGGGACCCAGGGCUGUCAUAAUUCAGUUCAUCUGAGACCAUUUCUUCUUCCUCCACCCUUAACUCCAGCUAAAACCAGGAUGGGGCAAUUACCUGGGAAGUGGGCUUGCUGGUAGGUCAUCUGGGGACCAUCUAGAAGCUGCGGGUCACGUGUGUAUUCUGAAAGAUGCCUUGGACUUUGAAAGCCCAUCUGAAAUUUCCGACUUCAUCAAGGCUGAGAGCUUGGAGGCAGCUAUGGCUCUUCAUCUAUAUAGAGGGGGUAGACUUUUGCCAGGUCAUGGAAUUCCUUUUGGAAUCAUCUUUGGUGGAACUGAUUUAAAUGAAGACGUUAAGCAUGGAGAAAAAAACAAAGUGAUGGGAAAAGUCCUAGAAGAAGCCAGAUUCGCUGUCGCUUUCACGGAGUCAAUGAAGGAAACGGCGCAAAGGCAGUGGCCACAUGCUAAGGAUAAGAUCUAUGUCCAGAGUCAAGGAAUUGCAACAGUGCCGAACACCACCUUUAACUGGAACACCUUCCUUCAGCGUUCAGAGAUUAACCAAAGCGCUGACAAUCUACAUGUGUUUCUCCUGAUCUGUGGACUCCGGCAAGUGAAAGACCCUCUCUAUUUGGUGGAUGCAUUCUCGGAAUGGCAUCAAGAGGAGCCCAACAUUUAUAUGGUUAUCGUUGGUCCUGAAGUUGAUCCAGUGUUCACAAGGGAAGUAAAAGCCAAAGUAAAGAGGACUGCUGGGGUACGAUUGAUCGGGGAGAUAGCUCAGGAAGACCUCCACGCGGUCAUGAAGAAUUGCUUCGCGGUGGUGAAUAGCUCUGUCUCUGAAGGCAUGUCAGCCGCAAUCCUGGAGGCGAUGGAUUUGGAAGUCCCUGUGUUGGCAAGGAACAUCCCUGGGAACGCGGCAGUGGUGAAGCACGAAGUUACAGGAUUGCUGUUUUCCGACCCUCAGGAGUUUGUUCGGCUGGCAAAGAGACUGGGGGGCGAUCCGGCGUUAGAAAAACAAAUCGUGGCCAACGGAAGGGAGUAUGUGAGAAUGUAUCAUUCGUGGCAGGUGGAGAGAAACACCUAUGGGCACCUGGUCAGGAUGCUGGAGGGAAGCAGUGAGGACUAAGGGCGUGCCUGGUGCAGUGAGAUGCUCAGCCCUGGGCAGGUACCCAGGGGCAGGGCUCUGGGCAGACACCCAGGGGCAGGGCUCUGGGCAGACACCCAGGGGCAGGGCUCUGGGCAGGCACCCAGGGGCAGGGCUCUGGGCAGGCACCCAGGGGCAGGGCUCUGGGCAGAAGGGCCAUCCAAUCCAAAUCAAGCCGGGUUCACGGGAACCGUAGAUUUAUUUGUCCUAAGACGAUUCAUCCAGAACCUCUCUGUGCUUCCAGCCCAGAUGUGUUUCCUGAUCAGUCCUCAUGGAGAUGCAGUACUAAUUGGGGCAGGGUAACUGGUUUUAAGGGGCAUCAGGGAGGGAGUUUGAUUAGCUGCUUUAGGACUUCUAGGGACAGUAGGGGCUUAUUUGUAAGCUGUCACAGGGAAGGGUAGGCCCCUCUCCCCUGUCUUCUGAUGACCUGUGACCCAUCACUGUCUGUUCAAAGAGCAAAAGCAAAAAUCAGACGUGUUGGCUGAGAGGGGUACUGGCAGUGAUUAUAACGUGGUACAGACCCUGAAGCCAAUCUGGGGCCCCGACGGAUGUGCGGCUGGGCCCCCAGGCUCUGCAGGCUUCCUUCUCUAAACGCUGGAAACAGUGCUGUGCAUGAGUUGACCUAAUCAGUCAUGUAACUGAAAGAGCAGGGAGUGCUCUAAAUAAGCAGGCAGACCCCCGCUCCCCCCAUAGGCUCCACCCACCUCCUGGUUGAAUUUGGGUUGAAAACCAGUUGGAACAAAGCCCAUAUCGCCCAUGGCCUGGAAAAUACUGGAGCCUGGCUCUUUGGGUUCAGCAUCAGGGACCCAGCAUCAGGGAUACAGCAUCAGGGACCCAGCAUCAGGGACGCAAGGAUGAGUGUCGAUCUGGUCACCAGCCUGCAGCCCAUCGCAGGACCGGCACUCAGGUCCCCUUGACCUUAUCCAACACGGGGCGAGUUUAGCCAAGUGUCGUCAUCACAGUAAGGACAUCCUGGCUGCACCGGUGCUGCAUCCCCCAGACCCUGUGCUUGUCUUCCUUGGUGGCGGUAUUUGCCUCUGUUGGAUCCUGAAAUCCCUGCUCUCUCACGGACGUUCCAUGACAACAAUUGGGGGUGAAAUGCUCCGUUUCUCGUGGGAGGUGAGGAAACGACCGGGUCCAGAAGAAGGAGACGAAGCCGGCUCCAAGCCCGUCAGAAGAAGCGUUUCCUUAGUGUUUGUUCCAAUACCUGCAGGCCCUGGAGUGGGGAGGAGGGAGCUGCGUCAUCUUUGCCUCAGACUUCACGACAUCUUGGACUCUUUUCUUUCCAACCGUCCUAUUUUUGUAAACGACCAAACCUACAUCUUGUUUUUAAAAGAGUAAACCUCAGACCGAACAUCUUAAACUCUAACGACUUGGGGAUAAGAACAGCACGUUUAUGGACUCUGUACCGUGUCACUUCCUGUGUCGUUCCGCGCCUCAGUCUCAGAACAGGAUCCCUCCCCACAGGCAGUUACCUGGAACCCGAAGAUACUCCUCGCAGCCAGGAUUAGCUGUCCUGCUAACAAUACCCCUCACAACCCCCCCUUUCUUGGCAUCUGAGGGUCACUAGGGUCGGGGCUCCCCUGUGGCCAUAGCGAAGAGAGGGAGGGAGAAGCAGAGCCCAAACUCCAGGUGGACAGCUCCAUGUGAGUCUGGAAUCAGCGAUGCCAGCCUAAGAAAAGGCCACGUGUUGUCCCGGGUACCAACCAGCAAUGCUGCUGUUGAUAAGAUGCUGGUCGUCGGGAAGCUCCGCUCUCGUCCUGGUUGCGUGACACGGUAGGUGCCUCGCUCCAGUGACCCUCGGCCUCGUUCAUUCGUGUCUUUAUGGAAACACUCACACGUGCUGCAUGCCCUUUGGGGAAGGGCGUGUUGUUUUUAAAUGAAUAAAGUGUCACCAUCCGCUCUA